AUGAUAGAAGAACAAACUAAUGAAAAUUUAAAUCCAAACUAUUUUAGCAAGCUCGAUGUUCUUGCUGAACUAGCAUCGAGUCAAAAGCCAAUUAUUAAUGAUUCAUCAAUAAAAAAAGAAUAUGAUACAUCAAUAAAACAAGAACAUGAUGUAUCCAAUGAUGAAACAAAUCUUUCAUUAUCGUCGUCAUUAUUAUUAAAUUCAAGUAUUAAAAGUGAAGGAACAAUAUCAACCAAUGAUAAUUCUAAUACAGCCUUAUCACCAACAUUUGUUCUUAAAACAACACAAAAAGGUAAACCAUGUAUUUUACUUGAUGGCCAUAGAUAUAAACAUCGACGUGAUAAUCUCGAUGGUUCAAUGUCAUGGACAUGUACACAUGAAUUAUGUAGUGCUAGUGUAAGAACAUUUGGUGAACGAGUUGUACGUCGUAAUGAUGAUCAUUUACAUGGACGUACAUUACGUGUUGAUCCACAACAAGAAUUUUUAUCACGGUUGAAAAAACGAGCAGCCGAAGAUACAGUUACAAUACCAAGAAUCUAUGAUGAAGAAUUAGCAAGAUCUGUUGAUGAACAUUCACCGGAAAUACGAUCACAUUUGCCAUCAUUUUCAUCAGUGAAGUCAACAUUAUAUCGUCAUCGACAACGUGGUCAACGUAAUCAAGCAUCAAAAUUAAUGAAAACUGAAUUAAAUAGUGAUUGUAAAUCAUCAUCAUCAGUUCAUACAGCAAUGAAUAAUAGUAGUGGAUGGAAUACAUUGCCACCUAAGAAACGUCCAUUAACAAUCAAUGUUGAUUGUUUACCAACGCCAAGUCCAUCAUCUUGUUGUUCUUCAUCUUGUUCUUAUGUAUCAUCUGAAAGUCAUAAUGGUGAUAAACGACGAAAAUAUUCAUCAUCUUCAUCAUCAUCUUCAACAACAACGACAACGACAACAACAAUACCACCACCAAUAACAACAACAACAGCAGCAACAACAACAGCAAUGACUGACGAUAAUAAUAGUGCUCAACUGGCUGCUGCUGCUGCUGCACUUGAAUCUCAACAAUUGAUUGCCAAAUUUCUUUCAAAUCCAUAUAAUCUUUUAUUGGCACAAAAUUAUUUUGCUAAAUAUUCUUCAACUUUUGCCGAUAAUCCACAUUUUAUGCUUAUGCAUGCAUAUGCAUUAGUACUAUCUAGUCUUCAACAGCAACAACAACAACUUAUGUGA